GGGAAGAAGUUGAGUCUGAAAGAGUACUCUUAGGCGGCCAUUGCAAGAAGCGGGAGAGAGAGAUGGAAGAACGAACAAAGUGUUUGGUUUUGAUCGCUGCAGGAGCUUUCCUUGGAUCCAUAUCUACCGUUUCUCUUCUCAAGCUUCUCACCAGGAGACAAAGAAGCGAAUUAGGUGGAGAUGCAAUCGAUUUAGGUAAAAGAGUUUUAUCAGAAAAAGUUUCAGAAAAGACUGAUGUAGCUGGUGAACGAACUUAUGGGAUUGAUAACUUUGACCUACUUAAAGAUGAAAUAGCUUCUGAACAUCUCACUAGGAAUAUUCAAUUCUUUGGGAUUGACUCCCAGAAAAGAGUGUGUGCAUCUUAUGUUGUAGUCAUUGGUCUUGGAGGCGUUGGAAGUCAUGCUGCUAAUAUGCUUCUAAGGUCUGGGGUUGGUAGACUACUCCUUGUGGAUUUUGAUCAGGUAUCACUUUCAUCUCUAAAUCGGCAUGCUCUGGCAACAAGAGAAGAUGUUGGUAUACCAAAAUCUCAUUGUCUCAAGAAGCAUUUCUCAUCAAUUUUCCCUGAGUGCCACAUUGAUGCCAAAGUUUUAUUGUAUGACUCAUCGUCUGAGGAAGAAAUUCUUUCUGGCCAACCUGACUUUGUAUUAGACUGCAUCGACAAUAUUGACACAAAGGUGGCACUUCUUGCAGCAUGUGUUCGUAGGGGUCUGAAAGUUUUGUCUGCAACAGGAGCUGGUGCUAGAGCUGACCCAACACGAAUUCGUGUGGCUGAUCUGAAAGAGUCAACGAAUGACCCACUAGCUCGUGCAGUGAGGCACCGUUUAAGGAAAGAGCAUGGAAUUGAUGGUGGUAUACCUGUAGUUUUCACUUUGGAGAAACCUAAGGCAAAGUUGCUUCCGUUUAAAGGAUCGACUGGAGAAGAUGAGAAACCUUCAGAUUAUCAAGUAGUACCAGGCUUCAGGGUUCGAAUUAUUCCAGUUUUAGGAACCAUACCUGCAAUAUUUGGGCAAGUCAUGGCUUCUUAUGUCAUCACACAAUUAGCAGGACUGGAUGUCCAAAUGGAGCCAGUGGUGAACUUUGAUAUGGAUCACUACCAUGUGCUUUUCCAACGCCUAACCGAGUACGAGGAAUUGUUGUAUGGUACAUCAAUGCAAGUCGAGGUUGAUGUUGAAGAAAUUAAGUACAUUGUGAAGGAGCUAUGGCAUGGACGAAGUGCAAGAGAUCAGUCUAUCACAGACGUUGGGCGAGGAAUGUGGCGUGCUAUCAAUGACCUAAUGCUUGUCAGGUGGGAUCGCUCAAAGCCAGCAUCGGUCUCAAAUCUAGUUCUCCUAAGAUUUAAAGAGGCGGAUGAGCACGAGCUGAGAAAACUUGAAGAUAUAAAGGAAGAGGAACCGGAAUACUUCAAUAAGGUAAUGUCUGUUUUGAGGCGAGCCCAGGAAGAGUUCUGUCAAUGAUUGUCGAUUUAUUAGUCACAUUUCUGGUUAUGGGUCCGGUUCUUGUUUUAGGGUUGGAUGAACAAUGUACUCUUUUUGAAUUUCAUUCUCUUAGUUAAUUGAUCUUGAUGCAGUCUUAAUCGCCAUCUGUUUCUUGUAGGAUUAGUUGAAUCAAAUCAAUAUUGUUUUACCAACCUAAU